AUGCCUCUCAAAGCCCGCCACGUUGUGGCUAAGGCUCUGGGCAUCAAGCUCCAAGACAAGGAACCAUACACGGACCUUGAAGAACCGGGGGCCUCCUUAAAAUCCCACGGGACAGACCACAGCUUUGUGGAAGAGCCUCCCCAAGUGCUGGACUACAUCAACGACCUAAUUCCGUCUGGCUCUGAGCUCUACAAAUACCUCCUGUCUCUAUUUCCCUUCCUGGCUUGGAUAGGUCACUACAAUUUGCAAUGGCUCGUUGGAGAUCUUGUUGCUGGUAUCACAAUCGGGGCCGUUGUCGUCCCGCAGGGAAUGGCCUACGCCAAGCUGGCUAACUUGGAGGUCCAAUUUGGCCUGUACUCAUCUUUUAUGGGUGUCCUGAUUUAUUGGUUUUUUGCAACUUCGAAGGACAUCACCAUUGGUCCUGUUGCUGUCAUGUCACAACUUACCGGUGGCAUUGUUGCCGAUCUCACUGAAGCCCUACCGGAUCUCGAGCCCCAUGCUAUUGCUUCCGCCCUUGCGAUUCUCGCCGGAUCCAUCGUCCUAUUCAUCGGCCUUAUCCGCUGUGGAUGGAUCGUCGAUGUUAUCUCGCUGACAGCGCUCUCGGCUUUCAUGACGGGUUCCGCCAUCAACAUCGCGGUGGGCCAGAUUCCCACCAUGAUGGGCAUCUCGGGCUUCUCGACUCGUGACGCUCCGUACCUAGUCUUCAUCCACACGCUUCAGGGACUGCCUCGCACCACUCUCGAUGCUGCCAUGGGUCUGACUGCCCUGGCCCUUCUCUACAUCAUCCGGGCCGCUUGCUCGUAUGCCGCAAAACGGUGGCCGCAGCACCAGCGGCUUGCCUUCUUCCUGUCGACUCUACGGACUGUCUUCGUUAUUCUCCUGUACACCAUGAUUAGCUGGCUUGUCAACAGAGGCCUCCCAGAAAAACAGGUCAAAUUCAAGAUUCUGCUUGACGUCCCGCGAGGCUUCCAAAACGCGGCCGUCCCUGUUCUCAACCAGCGCCUCGCCAGCAACCUCGUCGGCUAUCUACCCGCCACCGUCAUCGUCCUGCUGAUCGAGCACAUUGCCAUCUCGAAGUCGUUCGGCCGAGUGAACAACUACACCAUCAACCCUUCGCAGGAGAUGGUCGCCAUUGGCGUCACCAACAUGCUAGGACCCUUCCUCGGCGGAUACGCUGCCACCGGUUCUUUCAGCCGUACGGCCAUCAAGUCAAAGGCUGGCGUCCGCACCCCUUUCGCCGGUGUCAUCACCGCCGUCGUCGUCCUUCUCGCCAUCUACGCCCUCCCAGCCGUGUUCUACUACAUCCCGAGCGCCUCGCUAUCCGCUGUUAUCAUUCAUGCUGUCGGUGACUUGAUCACCCCACCCAACACCGUUUACCAGUUCUGGCUAGUUUCCCCGUUGGAGGUCUUCAUUUUCUUCGUCGGCGUCCUCGUCACCAUCUUUUCGACUAUCGAGAACGGCAUCUACUGCACUGUCUGCCUGUCGGCCGCGAUGCUCCUCUACCGCAUUCUCAGGGCGAGAGGGCGGUUCCUGGGCCGCGUCCGGGUAGCAUCCAUGCUCGGUGACCAUUUUGUCGGAGGCGAUGACUCCAAGUACGGCGCCGAGUACGGCACCUUCACCGGUUCGGCCGACGCACCCUUCCGCAAUGUGUUCCUGCCCAUCACCCACGCCGACGGCUCCAACCCGGAGGUAGCACUCGACAACCCGUACCCGGGUAUCUUCAUCUACCGCUUUGCCGAGGGCUUCAAUUAUACCAAUGCCAGCCAUAGCCUGGGAUACAUGACCGAUUACAUUUUCGCCAACACGCGCCGUACCAGCCUGGCGACCUACGACCGGCCGGGCGACCGCCCCUGGAACGACCCCGGACCGUCCCCACGCAAGCUCAAGGCCGCGGCUAAAGCCGGAACCGACGCCAACGCCCUCGACGUGGACCGCAACCUCCCCACGCUCAAGGCCAUCAUCCUCGACUUCAGCUCCGUCAACCACGUCGACAUCACCUCGGUGCAACAACUCAUCGACGUGCGCAACCAGCUCGACCGCUACGCCGCCCCAGACACGGUCGACUGGCACAUCGCCUACAUUACCAACCGCUGGGCCAAGCGCGCCCUCGCCGCCGCUGGCUUCGGAUACCCGACCAAGCGGCCCGACCUGCCCCAUCUCCGGUGGAAGAGCAUCUUCAGCGUGGCUGAGAUCGGCGGAACGCAAAGCGCCGCGGCCGCGGCCGAGUUUGUGGACAACGAGAAGCAGCUCGAGUCCAACUACCGGCGCCGGUCCGUCCGCACCUCGCACAGCCGCCACGGGCCGGAUCUCGAGGCCGCGUUACCCACAAAAGCCGAAGACGACGAAACUGUCACCGAGCCAGCCGGCGCGACGACCGCUAGCUCUGCGCCUGCUGUCACGCCUACACCCGCGUUAAACACAGGCCGGACCGUGGCCGUGCACGGCAUCAACCGGCCGCUGUUCCAUGUCGAUCUGACUAGUGCGAUGCAAAGCGCCAUCGCCAACGUGGAGGCGCGUGGAGAGGUUGGCAUUGAUGACGGCAUUGGCAAACAACAUCACACAGCCGACACUGAUGAUGCGGGCCCUAUCAAGGCUGGGUCCAGCAGCGGAGAAGGCAUAGACCUGCCCACAUCUGUGCGUUAA